AGAGGCUGGGACAGUCAGGGAGAGGGGGACAGUCAGGGGGGGGAGAGAGAGAGAGAGAGAGGGACAGUCAGGGAGAGAGAGGCUGGGACAGUCAGGGAGAGAGAGGGACAGGGACAGUCAGGGAGAGAGAGGUUGAGACAGUCAGGGAGUGACUGAGACAGCCAGGGAGAGAGAGACAGGGACAGUUCGGGAGAGGGAGACAGUCAGGGAGAGAAGCUGAGACAGCCAGGGAGCCUUAUCUAUAGACAAAAGCCUUAUCUACAGAGACAGAGACAGAAUUUAACAUACACAAGAAGAGCUUGAGAGACAGACACAGACAGCCUGAUACAUUCACACUGAGACAAAGAAAGCUAGACAGGGUGACAUACAUACAGAGACAGCUAGAGACUGAGUCACAGAGACAGCCUGGGAUAUACAAAGAGGGCUAGAGAAAACCUGAGAUAAACAGAGUGCCAGAGACUCACCGACACCCACACACACAGGACAUUGUGACAGGUGGAGAGAGAGAGAGAGAGAGAGAGAGAGAGAGCAGCAAAACAGGAAGAGAGUGAACUGCAGCAUGUGGCAGAAACACCGCACAUAGAGGAACUGUGUGUGGGACAGAGGGGACUGACAGAGGGUGGGAGGGCAGGGGACUGGGAGUGCAGACUAGGACAGAGGCACGGGACUGGGAGUACAGGCAGGGGCAGGGGACUGGGAGUGCAGCCUAGGACAGGAGACUGGGGACAGGGAAAUGGGACCGGGAGUACAGGCUGGGAGUGCAGACUAGGACAGGGGCAGGGGAAAGGGAGUGCAGAUUGGGACAGGGGACUGGGAGCGCAGACUAGGACAGGAGACUGGGGACAGGGAAAUGGGGCCGGGAGUACAGGCUGGGAGUGCAGACUAGGACAGGGGCAGGGGAAAGGGAGUGCAGAUUGGGACAGGGGACUGGGAGCGCAGACUAGGACAGGGGCAGGGGAAAGGGAGUGCAGAUUGGGACAGGGGACUGGGAGCGCAGACUAGGACAGGGGCAGGGGAAAGGGAGUGCAGAUUGGGACAGGGGACUGGGAGCGCAGAUUAGGACAGGGGCAGGGGAAAGGAGGCACAGACUGGGGCAAAGGGGACUAACAUUUUGUGGGUUGGUUUUUCAGAGAUCGGACACUGGGGCAGUAAGACGUACAGAGAGGAGGGUGAGAGAGACCUACAAAGGACACACCGGAAUGAAAGUAACAGAGGAAUAGUCAGCUGCUGGGUCCAGUGAUUGGUCAGACCUGACAGGAGAUUGGUUUAUUUGGAGAGGUGCACGUUACCACCUCGCCUCUCUCUGCCUGCAGGUGGAUUGUGGGAACCUGGUACCUCUAACCCCCCCCCUCCCCCCAUCCUUGUGAGCGGAGCAGCAAUGCAGAAAAAGAUGCUAUCAGAGAAGCUCUCAGGGAAGGAACUGCUGGACCCCACAAGCUACCAUCAUACUCAGGAUAACGGUGCGUCUGCAGACACAGAAACCCAUGAGCAGGUCACCAUGACCCCAUCUAUGACUCCAGAAACCAAACUCUACACCCGCCGCUGGUUCAUGGUUCUUCUCUUCAGCUCGUACUCUCUGUGUAACGCGUUUCAGUGGCUCCAGUAUGGAAUCAUCAGCAAUAUUUUCAUUAAGUAUUAUGGGGUCAGCAGCCUAGCCAUCGACUGGCUCUCUAUGUCCUACAUGCUGAUCUAUAUCCCGCUAAUAUUCCCCGUGGCUUGGCUCCUGGACACCAGAGGCCUGCGCGUCAUUGCACUGGUUGGCUCCGGGCUGAACUGUUUGGGUGCCUGGAUUAAGACAGCCAGCGCCCGGCCAGACCUGUUUGGCGUGACGCUCUUUGGACAGCUGGUGUGUGCGACGGCACAAGUCUUUAUACUGGGAAUGCCCGCUUACAUCGCUUCAGUGUGGUUCAGCUCCAAUGAAGUCUCUACCGCCUGCUCUAUUGGAGUAUUUGGAAGCCAGCUAGGUGUGACCGUGGGGUUUCUGUUACCGCCUAUUCUGGUUCCCAACCUUGAGGAUAAGACCCAACUCUCACAUCAUGUCAGCAUCAUGUUCUAUGGCACUGCAGCUGUCGCCAGUCUCCUCUUCAUCCUGGUAAUCUUCGUGUUUCAGGAUGGCCCCCCGCUGCCCCCCUCCAAGGCCCAAGCAGCGCAGCUGUCUGUCCCCCCCGGUCAGUACUCCUAUAAACUCUCCAUCCUUCGGCUGCUGAAGAACCCAAACUUUGUUUUGCUGGUGGUAUCAUAUGGGCUAAACACAGGAGCCUUUUACUCCCUGUCCACCUUACUGAACCGCAUGGUGACAGAACAUUACCCGGGCGAGGAGGUGAACGCCGGACGCAUUGGUCUGACCAUCACCGUGGCCGGGAUGUGCGGAGCGCUGAUCACUGGAUUCUGGCUGGACAGAACAAAGACGUACAAGCAGACCACCCUGGUGGUGUACAUCUUCUCGCUGGUGGGAAUGGUGGUCUUCACCUUCACCCUGGAUCUUGGCUACCUGUGGGUCGGCUUCAUUACUGCCGGAUGUCUGGGGUUCUUCAUGACCGGAUAUCUCCCGCUGGGAUAUGAGUUUGCAGCAGAACUAACGUAUCCGGAAUGUGUGGGAACUUCGUCAGGACUUCUCAAUGUGUCCGCGCAGGUGUUUGGACUAAUAUUUACCACAGCCCAGGGACAGAUACUGGAAAAAUUUGGGGUCCAGGCUGGGAACAUUUUACUCUGCUGCUUCCUGCUGGUGGGCGCAGUUAUUACAGGAUUUAUUAAGCCGGACCUACGUAGACUGAGAGCCAAUCAGGAGGCAAUACACACUGGGCCAGUAAAGCAGCACUUGGACACGGCUGAGGCUCCAGACCCUCUCCUUUCCCAGGACCACUCUAACUGAACCUCACCCCCCCACUCCUUGGAAGCUGUUGAUGCCACGGGAACCAUCCUGGCACCAUAGACCGGGCUCAGGGCUUGUGAACCAAAGACGGGAGUGGCAGACGCUCAGGGACCUGCUGCAGAGUAUUGUUGGUGCCAUAUGCAGAGACGAAAAAAUGGUUUUGCUUUUUUUUUUUCUGUUUUAUUUAAAAUAAAAACCUUGUAGUGAAAAGAA